AUAUCCAGUGCAAAAGCAUCUUCGCACUCCUGCUCGUCGUACUUCUAAUCGCAGUUAUGCAUGACAGAUCUAUGACCACCUGAGGGAACAAGUAGUGGUCAGCAUAUAAUAAAUUAACAAGCUCGACGUCCUGCGUUUCUUCCCUACGGAAAAAUUUGUACUAUUUUUGCGAUUUCUACUAUAUACGAUUACGAUUAUACUUUUGCAAUGGAUAGCCGAUGUUGCCCGACAAUGCAGACGACGCGGAGUUUAUCCAGGAAAAAAACUGUGUAAGUGUAAGCUUCUUGGUGGAAGAGCAUCGCAAUUUUGCUCUGCACGACACAGAAAACCUCCUCCUGUCAUGCGUAGCUAGUACGUGAAAACACGCACGAAAAUUCAAAUUGCCUCUGAUGCAUGUCCAGCAUGACAAGUGUAACAGUUUUGCAUUUUCUGCAACGCAGAGUUACACUUACACAGUUUUUUUCUUCCAUAGAGUUCGUCGGGGUGGUGUCCGUCGUGACGCAGGUGCUGGUUCUGACCCACGAGCUGCUGGAAAGCUACGAGGGGAUUCGAAAUUGGGAUCCGCCACAUCCUGGUAUGUUGUCUCGAAUUCAACAAUUCAUCGACGACAGUACCUCCUCCACCUCCUGUCCGUAUUUCAGCCAAGAGAAUGCCCGGAAAGUGCGCAGCGGGCCCGCACAACCCAAACCGGAAGCCAAACCGGCCGCAAAACCGGGUGCAAAAGCCAGGAACCUGAGCAGCCUGUUGCUGUCUGGCCAGUUGAUCUCGUCCCAGCUGUUUUUCAUGAACGACUUGGACCAGGUCCGGGAGUGGCUGGUGGACUUCGACAAGUACAUUCAGGAGGAAGUUUAUCCUGAGAAAAAACUGUCUCAGUCUCAACUUGUAAUGCGCAACUUCCUUGGGACAGUUUUUUGUCAACAUGCUCGACAUGCAAGAAAGAGAAAGUCGUCUUUGAUCAUAUGUGUUUUCCGUUUUUGUGUUUGACGCAUCACAGGUUUUCCGUGUCAUGCUGAGCAAAUUUGGGUUGCCGAGCCAGACAGUUUUUCUUGCGAUAAUGUUUUUAUCGAGAAGAUUGUUCUUGACGGACGAGAACAGCCAGCGAAUGACCCUGGUGCCUUCUGGUCGCACAACGCGCUUCACAAGAGGAUUUGCGAAUAUGCAGCUCACGAUCCCCCUCAUGGUGAUGACUAUUUCGAGGGGGGGGAUAUCACGUUGGGCCGCCCAGUUGUUGAUGGAACGCCGCGAGCGCCGUGGUCGUGCUUUAUCAAGCCUGAGGCCACGGCAGGGCCGAGCCGUGCGCCCGACGAGAAGCAAAAACGUGUAAAGCUGGAAAGGCACGCUGCGCUCUGCGGCGCGCAAAAACAUUUGAUCGAGCCGCUGCAGAAAUUUCUCGGGUUGGGGCAAGCAGGUGUCAAUGGGGUGCCGUCGAGAGCACAUGUGCCGUCGAGAGAAGAGCGAAGAGGAGACGACUUUGGGACGCAGUUCCACUUGCCCGAAUGGGUUCUUCAACUACUGCAAGAAGGGAAGCAGAAGCUCGACGGAGCGAAACUGUGCAAAAGAGCUUACGUCAAGGACCCCCAGCAUCCGACCAGCGACACCGCUGAGCCCAUGUGCUCCGACGUUCUUCAUACGCGGUCGUGCGAGAUUUUGCGCGUAGACUUCUGUGAAAGAGUUGAGGAUUCGGGUGGUGGCGGUGUUAGCGGACAAUUGGGGGUGAAUCCGAGGAAGUUUUCCGAACUGGGCUCGUCGCACCCAAACAACGGGAAACCUUGCUGCGAAAGGAGCGCAGCCGGCAUCAACGUGUUCGAGCAGGGUUACUUCGAACAGAUAUCAAAUGCAAAUACGUCUGGGUCUGGAAGAAUGCGACUUGUGAUGCUGCAUUUGGAUUCCAAAAAAAUCUGUAUUGCAUGAGCAGCAAAGGGAAUGCGAUCUCUGCUCCGUGGAGUGGGCAUUUGUCAUGCUGAGUAGGCAUCUGCAAGAUGCCCUAAAAAAAUCUGUGAUGCUACGGCAUGCAUUACAGACAUCAUGGCCCAUGCAAAAUGUGCAUGACAAGCUCCGACUCUUCCAGAGCCAGACUUUUUUGCGUUUGAUAACAGAAUCAAAAACCCUUACGCAAAAUGCUUGGCGCGUCGAAUGAGCACACGACGCGACUUCUCUCCGACUCGAACAAAGAUUUUGGCGCAACGCACGAGUUAUGGAUUGCAAACGUGUCUUCAUCUGCGUGGAUCUCUGGAAACAACAAGGAAAACUACCUGUGAAGUAGUAGAUCCUCUGUAAAUAACCGGUUGGGGAUGAUUUUUGCAAUGCUCGAAGGAGCCAACAUGGCUGCUUUCUCGCAUGACAAAUUGAAAGGAACAAGCUAGAGCCCACCUAUUGCUAUUACAAGUUUGGCUUUAUUUCUACUUCCAGAUCCAGACAUAUUUGCAGUGCAUACGAGUUGGCGCGGGAGUUGGUUCUCACGGAAUUGCAGCUCGUCGAAACGUAUGCAUUGCAAAAGUAUCGCACUCGUAGUAAUUGCAGUAGUUAUGCUGCAUUACAAAUCUACAUCCCAAGGUAAAACAGCAUGACAAAUUCCAUUUGUCAUGCUGAGGUAAUUUGUAAUGCAAUCAAGUACUGCUAGUACGACGUGCACGAUGCUUUUGCAGUUCAUAAAACUUAUGCGUUGCAAAAGUUGUAUCGCACAACUAAGACUAACAUUUUAGCAGCACCAGAGAAGAUCUGCGCAUCACAAAUUUGGUCAGCAUGAACAAUAGAAUUUUCGUAUGCUGGUUCUUAGCAUACGAAGAUUAUAGGUCUGGUUUUUAGCGUACGAGAAAGAAAAUCAUACAUGAUUUUUACCAUUACAGUUUGUUAGGAGUAUGAUACUUUUUUUGUACAGGAUAAAGAUCUGAACGCGGUGAGCGAGUUGGGACUUCGUGACGAAGCCGACCUCUUACGAGAAUUCGGCCGAGAAUUCGGCCUUCCGUAUGGGAGUGUCAGGAUUGAAAUCGACAAAUUUGAAACAAUUUGCAAUGCAUAAAACGGAUACCAGUUGGCCCCUAGUUUUCAAGUGGCGCAUGACAAAUUUGAGUAGAACCGAAAUCCAGUCUGUCAUGCUGUCUGGGUAAGGAAGGCGCCUUUUGUGAUGCUACUUUAACAGCUCUAUUUCUACAACCCCUCAACAGGCUUACAAUCUGCCUGCCUUGCCUACUCUACAAGACAGGCAUUUUGUGGGUUGCGUUUUAUGCGUCGCCAACUAUUUCAACUUUGACGAGUUCAAUUAUCCUGACGCUUCCAUAUUCCGGAACCAAGCCCGCGGCACACAUACCAAAAGGUCCAGCAGAUUUUGGCUCCGGAGCGGCAGCGGCUGCAGCACCUGCGGUGGCUGGUAG